AUGGCUGAUCCCGAAUUUCCAGCUCGGAAAAAGUCCAAACGAAAGCGAUGGACUGUACUCCUUGACCCCGAAGAAGUGGUGGUGGAAAUCAUGAACGAGUUGCAAAGUUCAAGAGACGGCAUCGACAAGAAGCUUGCAAAGUACAACGACUCUUUUAUGAAAACUCAAAACGAGAAACGACAGCAAUUCAUCGAGUACUGUACGACACGGGUUCAUGACCUUCCGAGCAGCGUGAGAUCCACUGUUGCCACACAACUGCUUUCAAGCGAGGACUUUGCCGUAGAGAUGAAUUUCUCUGAGGUGCACACAUCGAGCACAAAUUCCUUGUUGACUUGGAGCUGUUCGGAUGCUUCAAUGUCCGACACCUCGUGGAGAAUACUGCUCCAACAACAUGCCGAAGACGCUGCUGCGCCUUCACCACCACGGGCGGGAAAGCUUGCACGAACUACUCGAUCAACAAGCAAAGGCUGUUCUCCGCCUACUCCAUCAUCGAACCAAAUCGCAGAGCCCUCGGGCCACCCGUCAUCGAUAGCAUUUUCCGAGGCUGGCAUGGCCAGAGACGAACUCACAGAAUAUGAGGAAGGCGAAAAGGAUAUUCUCUCUAUUUCAAAGGUCACAAUUUCGAAGCAUAGGAGAGUCAAGGCUCAGGAGAGUCUUGCUGUCCCUCCAAUGCAUGAGUCGACAUGGACGAAUGAACGACAAGCUCCUACCAGCCGGGAAACUUCAACGAAGACGUCCUCGUCCCGUGCCCGUCACUGGAGCCCAGAAGAGUGCGCCACCCUCAGAAAGCUUUGCCACGGAAAGGACGGGGCUCUUGACCAAUACAUCUCCCGCUUUUGGCAAGAUGUGUCUUCCCAAAUCCCUGGGCGUACACAAAGGGCCUGCUUCAUGAAGUGGAUGGAAAUGAAACAUGGACCGCGCAAGAGGAAGACCGCUGGCAGUUCUGGGACGCGGCAUUCUGGUUCUUCCAAGACACGCUGGUCCGCAGAAGAAGUGCAGAAGUUUGCGCAGUGUUGUUCGCAGCCCGCCAAAGCUCGUGAUUGGGCCAGAGUCGCGGCACAGUUUCCUGGGCGUACGGCCAAUGCUUGUUAUAUGCAGUACAGGAAAUUGAGAGCCACAAACCUCGAGGUCCCGAAUGGGGUUCAAUCUCAAGGCAGGCCAGUUUUUGGGCCUGAAGAGGUCCGCGAUGAGUCGCAGCAGGGGGAACAUGGCAACCCGGGAGGGGGAAGUUGA